CCUCGACAAAUAAUUAAAGGUACACUGUGGGAUUCAUGUAGAUUUAAUUGCUUUAAUAUACUCAGGUAAAUAAAUAUAUAAUUAGAAAGUAUGUCAGGUUCAGGUGACUUAAUUUGUACCAGUAAAUAGCCUAGAUUUGUUUUGAAGUCAAUCAAUUAUGAUACACAAAUUACAAAACAGAUGUAACAAGAAACAACACAUUAGAAAGAAGGAAAAGUAUUAAAAACCUACUGAAACAUGAUUAAAAAUGAUAGAUAAAAAUUAUAAAAGGGCUAAUGAUUCCAUACAUCACGGGAUAUAAGAGAGAAAAUAUAUAUUUAUGUAAAAACAUAUGCGAUGAGUAUUUUUUGAUAUAUAAUUAAUUCUUACAUAAUUUGUCGAGCAAAACUUAGAAAUGAGAAAUUAGUCUUUAUUUCUCUACUUUCAUGUAUUGUAAAUAUUGAUGGUUAGUAUUGCUUCUGGACACUGGAUAUAUUUUCUUUAUUUUUUUAUCACUAGAAAACAAAACAGAAUCAAUAAUUGGUAAUACUUAAUCAAAAACAUUUUAAAAAUGACAUGUAUUUUUUUGUUAUAUAACUUAGAAGAUAACAGAGAAAGAGUGGGACGUCUUUCUGUCAUGAAGAUCUUGGGUUAGAUGGGGGACGCUGUUACAUCAUAGGGGGUCUGCGUGGCCCUCUGUUGGUCAACUGAGAUUCCUGCGUGUCUAUUUAUAUCUCCAGUGCUUUGUGGAAAUGGGAAAAUCAAUUUUGCAAUUCGCAGUAAGAAAACAAUUUUGAAUUAUUUAAGGAAACGAUCUUAUUCAAGUUAUUGCAUCUUGAAUUAUGUUUAAAAAAACGCACAUUUGAAAAGUCCGCGACAUGUAAAAUAAAAAAAGACCACCAGUGGGCGCUGUUUCCCCAAAAGCAUGCAGAACCACAUCCGCAUCUCUUCGCCACACACACAAUAAGGUUACAUUCAGUCAACAUUUAUUUAAAUAUGUGAUGCAUUCAGGUGCACAUGUGUUACUUUUGCUUGAUUUAAUCAUUUGUAGUCUCUUUUCCAAAGGUAAGAUGUCAUCUCUCAAAAUAAACCAGUCCUCUGGCAGAGGAGCUGCAGAUCAAGAUGGUAAAGAUACGUUUUAGGAGAAAGUGUAUAAAGUAUGCAUUUUGAGUUCUGCAGAAACACACAGAUUGUUUUACGUGUCAUUAAACCAAAACAAACAACAAUAUGCCCAGAUAGGUCGUGCUGUGCUACCCCCAAAACUUUUUACUCAGUAUCUGACAUUUUCUGAUAUUUAAAUUGAAGAACAGUUUCCUACUCCCUCUCUCUGCAGACAAGCCGCUCUUUCACUCUGUGAAGAAGGAGCUGUCAGCCGUCUCUCUGCCCGACAUCAUCCGUACCUACAAAGUGAUGGCUGCCGAGAACAUCCCAGAGAACCCGCUCCGCUUCCUCUACCCCAACAUCCCAAAAGACAAGGCCUUCGGGAAAUACUACCCCAAACCCACAGAGACUCAGGAGCCCAUGGAUGUGGAGAACAAUCCAGAGAGGAGCAGCUACAUGAAGACAGAGCUCAUUUCUGUCUCUGAAGUACAUCCGUCCAGACUGCAGGACAACAUGUUGCCCAUGUCUCCUGAUGACUACAGGGCUUUGUCACAGUUAGUCGGCCCCAGAGACAUUGAUGCUGUGACACUUUGGAGAACGACAGGGAAAGGAAGAGAGAAACUGGAGAAACUUUCUGCGACACUUCCGGUUGAAGCUUCCGGUAAUCACGGCCAGGUGUUCUCAGGUGUGUAUAUCAUUGUUUGGACCAGGUAA